AUGGAUCAGAAUCUAACAACGUCAGACUGGAAUGUUACAACAAUGGACAGGAGUUUAUCCGAGGAUGUUUGGUUUCUUGCUACAUAUUAUGAUCGAUGGUCAUUAUCGCUGCGAAUCCUAUAUGCACUUUACAUUAUUCAAUAUUUUUAUUACCCUAUCCUGGCUAUCGUUGGUGUCCCUGUUAACAUGGUGACGAUCUUCGUCCUGCUCUAUAAAGAUUGUGGAUUGUCUCCAUGUGUCAGACUUUACUUGGCGGCCAUGGCAGUGGCGGAUCUACUGGUCAUUAUCCUCGAUCUGAUAUUGAGACACAUUCCGAUUAUCUAUAAGGAACAGUUUUAUUUCCUAGAUUCCAUCCCCGUGUGUAAUAUCGAGGCCAUCCUCGUUUAUGCAGCCACUGACUGUUCAGUCUGGUUCACUGUCACUUUCACCUUUGAUCGAUUUGUGGCCAUUUGUUGCCAGAAGCUGAAAAGUAAAUAUUGCAGUGAGAAAACGGCAGCUGUGGUUCUGGGAACAGUGACUGCGCUGAGUUUUUUAAAGAAUAUUUUCUGGUAUUUUAUGCUCUCAAGUCAGUAUUUGCUGGAGAACUCCCCCUGGUUUUGUUUUGUAACAAUACAAGUUCUUUACUCCCGUGUCUGGACCACAAUCGAGUUCCUCCAUCACAUUCUAACCCCGGCUCUCCCAUUUCUUCUGAUUCUGCUGCUCAAUGUUUUCACCAUCAGACACAUUUUAGUAACCAGCAGAGCCCGCAGGAGACUCCGGGCUCACACUAAUGGGAACAUUCAGUGUGACACUGAAAUGCAAAAUCGAAAAAAAUCCAUCAUUUUACUGUUUGUGAUCUCAGCUAAUUUCAUCCUAUUAUGGUCAACAUUAAUGUUUUUUACUAUAUGGUAUCGGAUGUGGUUUAUUGGGUAUGACUCUGUGUAUCUAGAUCGCUUUGUGCAGGAAUUGGGCUUCAUGCUGCAGCUCCUCAGUUGCUGCACAAACACCGCGAUUUAUGCCGUGACCCAGACUAAGUUCAGACAGCAGCUGAAUAAUGUUUUGAAAUAUCCUUUUACUCAAACUAAUCAAUCAAUCAAUCCAGGAUUUUCUCAUUUCAGUUCAAUUUUUCAGCAAUGA